AUGUCAAACAAAGUUCACCCCGCUACUGAAGCGGCGCGUAAAAGCUCUAAUGUGAGCGAGGAACGCGAAAAGUGGACUGCAAAAGCCGACUUCAUCAUGUCCUGCAUUGGUUAUGCCGUUGGACUUGGAAAUAUCUGGAGAUUUCCUUAUCUUUGUUACAAGAACGGAGGAGGUAAUUCUGUUAUCUUUCUAAUAUACUCGUUUACGGAUAGUUUUAAAAAUUACCCCCUGAUUGAAACACAAGGUGUCAUAAAAGAACUUGUUGGAGUUUUGUGGUUUUCGGAUGAAAAACCUACCUAAAUGUGACCUUUCAAAUGAAAGCUAUUGAGCAGUUAGGGGCACCCAACGAGAAUAUAUAGCAUUAUUUAACGUAGUUUAGUAUUUAAACGGUAGAUAUAGGCAUAUUUUUAUCCCCUAAAAAUUUUUCAUCUGUUCCGAUUUCCUAGUAGCUGAAAGUCUAGUGAUCCGAAAAUUAUAGGGAUCAAAACUUGUCGAAAAUUUCAGCCAUAAAAAAGGCUCCCAAAAAUCCUAGGUGACCUUUUUAGGGUAAAAAUCCGUUAAAAAUGGGCAAUUAUACCAUUUUUUAGAUGUUCGAAAAUCCUAGGAGAAGUACGCAAGCAAGAAAUUUUAGAAAAAAUGUUCCGAAAAUUCUAGACUGUUCUCAAAUCGUCUUCCGAACAGAUAUUUUCCGAAAAUUGACGUUGGGUGCCCCUGAGCAGUACUUUCCUGUGGUACUGUUUAUUAUGCUGUACAAGGUGGUUCUAACUUAACUUUUUUAGACCGUGAAUGGAAUCUGAAAGUGUCAUCAUUCAAAUAAAUGGUACUGAGCAGUACGCUGUAUCCUGUGUUGCUGUUAAUUUAUUAUGCUGUAGAUGUGCUUCCACUUGGUACUCUUUGUUUUUAAGUAUAUUACAACACUGAAUUUUUCAGACGUUUCCAGUUAGAAUAAAUUAAAACAGGUCCGCUUCAUUCAUAUUGGCCAUUAGCUUAUAUAUGUUAAUUUUCUUAUUUUAACAGCUUCUUUCCUCAUCCCGUAUUUCCUAACGUUAAUAACCUGUGGUAUUCCACUCUUCUACCUUGAACUGGCCCUCGGACAGUAUCUAAGCCUUGGAGCCAUCAAAGCUUGGGCGGUAGUUUGUCCUGUACUAAAGGGUACGUAAUAACUUUAGUUAACUCCGUCAUGUGUUGUUAAUUCAAACUCAGCGAGGUGUGAUAUGUUCUUAGCUGCCUCUGUUAAAAUUAUGCAAAAUAGAAGAAUAAAAUCAUUUUAAAACAGCUUUUGACGCUGGUGCUGCAACACACUAACCCUGGAAUGCGAUAACAAAUAUUUUAUUUUUUUAUAACAAAUACUUUAUUUUUCUAUAGUUCGCUUGUUUCAUGUUAUUUUCGAUCUUUUUUGACUUUUUACGUUCCAGGGCACAAUUUAUUAACUAAAGUCUCUUUUUAAAAACUCUCCCGUUUGACAGGUCUUGGUGUGGCUAUGGUUAUAACUUCAUUUUUGAUAUCAGUAUAUUACAAUGUGGUGAUUGCGUGGAGCCUAUUGUAUCUUUACCACUCGUUUUCACCGGAAGUUGCUUGGAAAUCGUGCGGCAACGAAUGGAACACAGCAUUUUGCAGGUAAAAUAAUUAGCCUAGACACAAAACAAGAGAGCACUCGCGUUACACCAAUAUGGCCUGGGUUCGUGUACGACGCAACAUAUGGGUUAGUCUUAUCUCAAUUUAAUGUUCGUUCUCUUCUCUGCUUCAAAAUGUUUUCCUCCGGGUACUACGGUUUUCCCCUCUCCUUCAAAACCAACAUGCCCAAAUUCCAAUUCGCUGGAAAAUUUUUUCAGUUAGUUGGGAACACAGGUUCAUCAGUCAGUCUUGCAACUGUUUAAAAGUGUCACAAUCUCAAAACAGUUAGACAAGUUUAAUUCUAAUAAUAUAUUUUUUUAACAACACCGUAGCUACGAUGCAAGACGAGGUACUCGCUAAUUGCAAAUCCACGCUGCUUCAAGUUACAUUUUUACCAUAAUCGAAUGCUUUGGUAAUCAACAAAACACUAGCUGUGGCGAUUCUAUCGUUUUUCAUUUUUUUCUUUUCUUUUUAGUGAAGAAGGCUGGGGCAAUUUCACCUACAAUUGCACGGCUAUGGGAAGACCGCUGAACUGCACCAUGCAACUCACCUCUCCAAGUGAGGAAUUCUGGGAGUAAGUGAAACGUUUUUCUAUGUGUUCAACCGUGUUAAAUCAGAGCCUUGGGUGUGGGAGAGAGAACUUUGCCGUAAGCGUCAACUUAGAGCUAUUAGAGCGGUUUUCCAUGAAAAAACUGAUGCUGAAGGUCUCUAAAAACAUUCAUUUAUUCAUUCAUUUUCAUUCCAAAACAGCAUAUCAAAAACGUUUACCACAAAUGAGGGAUCAAUUGACGUUGGGUAAAUUGAUGAAGGGUGGAUUUUAAGUAUGUUGUCUGUACUAUAAUUCUUCAAAUUGUGCAACGGGAAUAAUCGAGUGAAUAGCGAAGUUAAUUUUAUUUGAACCUCUCAAAGUCAGCUCACUCAUGUAACGUCACGCCUUUGUUUUUGAAUUAUAUUUGAACAUUACUUUGUGCAUGCAAUUUUCAGUUGCCUUUGAACCACUGAAUAAGAAGGAGCACCCUUGAAGCGUCUGGUUUUCCUUCUUUUUACACGCAUAUUUUGAAAAACUUUGCCAUUCGCUUAAUAGUAAUGUAGAUGACUGCCAUAGCAGAUACGAAUCUUUUUGCGCAUGGCUGGAACAAGCCGUCCUCUGGAUCCCGCCUCUCCAGACGCCGGGACGGCGCGUUCGCUGCGAGUCAUUUGCACAUUUACGUUUCGGUUUUUUUCUUUUUCAGACGAUAUAUUCUCGCAAUUUCAAAUGGAAUUGAUGAGCCGGGUGAAAUCCGUUUGCCACUGGCCACGACUUUGCUGAUCGCCUGGGCUGUUGUGUAUUUUUGCUUGUACAAAGGAAUUAAGUCAUCUGGCAAAGUAAGUAGAAACCAGUCCCACCUUGCACAUAUACUAAUGCAGUGUAAACUGUAGUACUUCAACCGCAACGGUUUCUUCUGGAAUCGUAUAAGCUGUAACUUAAAAGGGAUGGCAAUUUCAUCUUAAAGAAAGUUCAAUUCCAGCUGAUUAAAAAGUUGCGUGCAUAUUAUUAAAAAAGCUUCAAAACAAGUUACACCUACCAGGGAGUGUGUGUCGUUUGACUUGAAUUUGGUUAUCUUCCUUUUAUAAGGAAGGAAAAUCAGAUUCAAAUCAAACGACACAUAAUGUAUUUCCUCGAUUAAGCGCCCACGCUCUAAUACGCGCGCCCUCCCCCGAAUAAGCGCCUACUCCCUAGGUCGAAUAUCAAACAAGUACCCCUCUUAAGUAAGCGCUCCCUCCCCAUAACACUUUCUUAAUGGUAGGAAAACAAGCAAAACCUUUUUAUAUAGCGACUUUAUCAAUAUCUUUUUAAGCUUUAAUUUAAAUAUUUAUACCAAUACACUGCUGUGGUAGAAAGUGUACCAUGGGAAUACGGUACGCUGGACUGUAACAACAGGAGGAAAAUUACUCAAUAAGUGCCCCCUUGAUUAAGCGCCCUCCUUCCUCCUUUUAGCCAAAAAUUGCCCUUGCAAAGUCAAUUAGAAAUAAAACCUUUUAAUUCCAUUUUUAAGCUUAUCAGCUCUUAUCUAUUCACGCACAUUCAAAGCCAUUUCAGUAAUCUUGGUUCUUUUAUAAUCACAUUUGCAGUUGUACAGUGUAGUUAUUAGAGUGAUUUUACUUUCCCCAUGAAAUAGGUAGUAGAACAGUACGCACUAUUAUGCACUAAUUCUAUUGUCUUCUUUUGUUUAUUUAUAGCUAUUUUGCACUAGUUAUUACUAACUGUUUCACGGGUCAAGUAAAAUCGCUCUAUGAUAAACUGAAUCUAGUCUUGUUUGUUUUAAAAGAAAUAAAUGUCGUAACAGCACUCAAGUUAGCCGCUGGUAGGGUUAUAACUGACAAGGCUGUUUCCGAGUUAGAAAGCUUACACAAACGGCAAAGUUUCGUGUUAUUUUCUUUUAUUAUCAGGUUGCGUAUUUCACCGCUAUCUUCCCGUACGUUAUACUUCUGUCCCUGCUGAUCAGAGGAGUCACCCUCCCUGGCGCAGUCGACGGAAUCAUGUUUUAUCUUAAACCUGAUUUCAACAAGCUCUUGGAACCACAGGUAUAAAGCGUUUGUCUACUUACUUAACUGCGGCAGGAUUAGCUCAGUUGGUAGCGCGCUUGAAGGCAGAGGGGGAAGUCGCGGGUUCGAUCGCCGGGGCCGGACCAACACUCAGGGUCUUAAAAUAACUGAGAAAUGAAGGUACUCCCUUUGCACUACAAGCGGCUAAGCUAAACCUUCGCGUGGCUCGGAUGAACUGGUAAAAUGGCGGUCCCGUCUCCAGUUGGAGACGUAAAAAUAGUGUCCCUAAUUAGUACUUUUGUGCUAAAUACAUUGACUCUCAAAUAAAGUGCAUUUUUUUUGCUGACGUAAUCGUUUGUUUGCACGUGACAUCAUGGCGGCCAUUUUAAUGGUAAAGAGCAAAAGCAUUUCUUUCGUUCUGAACUCCUUUAUGUAAAUUUUUCGAGAAAAAAAAACAUUUAGGCCCCGUCCACACGUAUCCGGUAUUUUUUAAAAUGGUGAUUUUUUCUCCAUUUUUAACAAAGACGCAUCUACAUGUAGCGUAUACUAAUCGCUUUUGGUGGCCACCAACAUGGCCGCCUUGUCACGUGGUUGCAAAGCAUAAAUUAGAUCACUUGCAAAGCAACACUGUCAUGCUACCUUCUUGACGUAAACGGAAUUCCUGUUGUAUUUUAGGUUUGGAUCGAUGCUGCAUCGCAGAUUUUUUUCUCACUCAGCGUUGGUCUCGGAGGUCUGGUUACGUUUGCCAGCUACAACAAAUUUAACAACAAUUGUGAAAGGUAACAACAUACCAUCAAAUAAUCGAUCAAUGGGUGUCCUUCUACACGAUUGUUUAUAGUAAAGCUGGGUUUUUCCUCACAGCAUUAUUAGGGGUGUAUCAAGGAUUAGGUAAGAAAAGGAGAGUGUAUCUAAGGUAAGAACCGGUGUGUACGGAUACCAAUCGACCCCCUUCCUCACCCACCCCCACCCCCCGGACAUCCGCCCCUAGUUCUCAGAUCUCUUUCAAGAAAUCUCUCAUUCAUAGCACCAUGCAACAGUGACCCCGUCUCCUGCCCAUUACAAGAGCUAUUGGAGUGAUCAACAGAACGGGAACGUCAGUUGAGGACGAAAAAGCGCGCGGAAAGUACUGAACACGUCUUCCGGUGCUUAAUUUGUCGCUCUGCCUUUGGUGAAGCCAAUUUUUUUAUUUUGCACGCACCGUCGUCACUGCUGUCACGUCGUGUCUUUGCUAAAUCUACCUAUUUCCUAGUUCUAAAGACGUCUCCAAAGCAAUGGUGUCUUUAGACAUUUCUGUAAACAUAUGGAAAUACGACCUUACAGUAAUUAGAGUCUUUGUCCAAGUACGACCUAUCUGCAAACUAUUGUAGAGUAGCAAUAAACCUUGACCAUGUUUUAUUGCUCACUUUUGGAACUCAGGGAAUUAUCAUUGUUAUGAUCAUUAGGCUGAUUUAGCAACAGAACGGGAACGUCAGUUGACGACGGUGCGCGCAAAUCAAACAACCGCCUUGGCCAAUGGCAGAGCGGCAAAUUGGGGACCGGAAGUCGCGUUUAGUCCUUUCCGCGCGCUUCCCUGUCGUCAACUGAUGUUCCCGUUCUGUUGCUAAGUCAGCCUAUUAUCGUAAAUUUACCACUGUUUCGUUGCUUCAUUAUUCUCAGAGACGCUGUUGUUGUAUCCUCGAUCAACUGCAUGACAAGUUUGUUCGGCGGAUUUCCUAUUUUCAGCGUCAUCGGAUUUAUGGCCCACACACUGAAGAAAGACGUGUCAGAGGUUGUUUCCUCAGGUAAAAAAAAAACAGUCAAGACAUAACUGUCUCGGAACACCGGAANUAAAUCUACCUAUUUCCUAGUUCUAAAGACGUCUCCAAAGCAAUGGUGUCUUUAGACAUUUCUGUAAACAUAUGGAAAUACGACCUUACAGUAAUUAGAGUCUUUGUCCAAGUACGACCUAUCUGCAAACUAUUGUAGAGUAGCAAUAAACCUUGACCAUGUUUUAUUGCUCACUUUUGGAACUCAGGGAAUUAUCAUUGUUAUGAUCAUUAGGCUGAUUUAGCAACAGAACGGGAACGUCAGUUGACGACGGUGCGCGCAAAUCAAACAACCGCCUUGGCCAAUGGCAGAGCGGCAAAUUGGGGACCGGAAGUCGCGUUUAGUCCUUUCCGCGCGCUUCCCUGUCGUCAACUGAUGUUCCCGUUCUGUUGCUAAGUGAACCUAUUAUCGUAAAUUUACCACUGUUUCGUUGCUUCAUAAUUCUCAGAGACGCUGUUGUUGUAUCCUCGAUCAAAUGCAUGACAAGUUUGUUCGGCGGAUUUCCUAUUUUCAGCGUCAUCGGAUUUAUGGCCCACACACUGAAGAAAGACGUGUCAGAGGUUGUUUCCUCAGGUAAAAAAAAAACAGUCAAGACAUAACUGUCUCGGAACACCGGAAUAUACUCCAAAUUUGUACGUGAUCAAACGUCUUUUUCGUUUGUUGUGCUCUUUUCUGUGUUCGCGAGAGUUCCGUUGUGUUCCUUGUUCCGCGUUUUAGUACUUAAUGAUAAUCUCCAACAUCGCGGCAAUAUGCAAAAAAAAACCCCAAUACUCUUUAUUUCCAGAAUUACGUAAUGCUAAAUAAGGCGCAGCCUCCAAACGUACUUUCUCUAACAAUUUGCGCGUGAUUUUGCCAAAACGGUUUUGGUAAAAUUACGAACUAUUCAAAUUACCUUUCUAAUUCUGUUUCUGUGAUUAUGGUGCUGUAAAGGUUGUGAUAAUUAUUGAGAUUAUGAGCAUGAUUACUAUUUAGCGCCUUUGAUAUUUCUCAUUUGAACCAACCUUAAGCAUUACCCGAUUCCGACUCUUGCAGGACCGGGAAUUGGCUUUGUGGCCUACCCAGAAGGCAUUGCCCAGAUGCCUGGUGCCUCAGUUUGGGCUGUACUGUUUUUCUUUAUGCUGUUUACUAUUGGACUCGGAAGUCAGGUGAGUCGACUCGUAAUUCUACUGCUUGAUGAUGUGAGAACUCACAAAGAACAAACUGUAUUGUACCCAAGGAAAAAAAGAUAGAGGCCCAAUUGCCUCCUCUCUAUUCAGUACUACCAGUCUGUCCUAAUCUGAAAUGUCUUACGUCCCCAGCCCCUAACCCGUGGGGCGCGCGGGGGAGAGAGACCGCAGCCCCCACGGGUUAGGGAAUGGAGACGUAUGACAUUUCAGACUAAGUCUGUCCCUCCCUUCAUAUGAUUUUAUUACCCGCUCAUAGCGAUCAUCUUUCGUCGUUUAUCUUUCCCCCUCCCUCCUUUGCCAUCUAUUAACCGUUUCUCUCUUCUUUCCACUCGAACUUUCGCCUCUAUGCUAUCCUCUCUAAUCUUUCUUCCCCCUUCCCUUUCCUCUCCCUCGGGUAAUCGGCUCCCGUAGGCCUCCCUCUAUUCUCUUCCCUCCCCAUUUCCAUUCUCUUUUAUUCCCUCUCCUCUUGUCUCUGCACUAAUUCGUGCUCUUGCUCUUUUGACGACGUACAGUUUGUGUUCACGGCCACAAUUAUGGCAGCAUUAAUGGACAGUUUCAGCAAACUGCGGGCAUACAAGGGAUUAGUUCUCCUGGUCGUGUGCCUCGUAUCCUACCUUAUUGGACUCUCCUGUGUUACUCAGGUAACGUUACUUUGCGAGGAUAGCAACCCCACUGCUGCGAAUUUUACAUAGAGAUUAAUUGAAGUAGGGCGCUAUGAACGAAGGGUUCCUUUGUAGAGCCCUUUUUGAAGCUAGGGGAGAGGAUCGUUGAUAGUUUUUGUUCUAUUGUUUGCUUGUGUUAUUGCUUCUUAAAUUGUGUCGUCCUUCAGAGGGAUAAUUUGUCUUACCAAGACUGGGUCACAAAGCAGUGAUACUAAAUGCUUUCCUCAUAAUUACCAUGUAGAAAUUCUGCAAAUGUGUAGUAUAAGCCAGUUGUGUCUAGUAUUUCGUUAUGUUAUCUCAUCUAGCCAGGGACCAUUGAGGACCAUUUGAAAAGGCAAAACACGGGAUGAUACAGCAAAAGAAACAUGUACAUCAGCAAGCGAAGCGUGCUGUCGGGUGGACUGGAGAGGGAGAAAAGGCCCAGACUCCCGAUCGGCUUGUUUCGUUUACCGAUUUUUAUACGCCUUUUCCCCCACAGCGGAGCCAGAGUCCUAGGCUAUAUCUGAUCCGAUCACAGUGUUUUUGUUAUUUUCUAUUUAGGGUGGAAUCUAUGUGUUGAAUAUCUUUGACAGCCAGAGCGCUGGUUUAUCGUUGAUUUUUGUGGUCAUUUUUGAGGCAUUAGCCAUCAGCUGGGGAUACGGUAGGUACCAUUUCACCGUCAAUUCGCCACUUUAGAAACAAGAGGGAAACUGGGCCGAGUUAACUUUCGCAAAGACUUCUGGGACUGUUACUGGUGACAGGUAAAAACAUUGGCCAAUAGCAGCGCGUCCCCAGUGAUGAUCCCAAAAACAAUUUGCCGGACACAUUUCGGCUCCAGUUCCUUUCGUGUUUCUUAAGUGGCCAAUCGUAGUGCCUCAAAGAUAGUAUCACGUGAUCCUGAAUUCUGCUCUUGUUUUUCGAUAGGGGCUGAUAAGUUCUGUGAUAACAUCUAUUCCAUGAUUGGGAAGAAGCCAAACUUGUAUUUUCGAUUUUGCUGGAAAUAUGUGACACCUGCUGUUGGAACGGUAAGGAAAAAAUAUCGGAUAAGGAAAGACAUCUUACCUUUUCUGAGUCCUAGUCUCCUCUCACAUUAAUGCCGCGAAUCACUGAGGAGCACAUGCGCGAAUAUUGACUCUUCCCCAGUCAAGCCUCGGGCAAAUUUAAUGAGAACAGACGCGCCAUCACGAAAAUUUCAUCUUUUUCAAUCUGAAAAAGUCGGGAUUGGGAACGAAUUUACUACAGUUAAGCUUUGAUGUGUCUGGUAUCUUUUAUUCGUGACGUAUUGAGUAAAACCAGUACGUUUCAGAGAAGGGCUGAAUAUUUUCUCCAUCUUUUUUGCAUCACAGCUUAUUUUAUUGGGAAGUAUUACUCAAUGGAAAAGACUCAGUUAUGAUGGGUAUGUCUACCCUGAUUGGGCCCAGGCCGUCGCAUGGCUGUUGGCUCUGUGUUCGUUUGUUGCGAUUCCCGUUCGAGCGAUAUCGGAGAUAGUUCAUCAUAAGGGCUCUUUCAGAGAGGUAAGGUCAAAGCUUUUUUUGUACUAUUUGUUUCAAUAUAUUCUACAUUCAAAAUAUUUCUCCGUUUCUAAGUGGCUCAAAUCCCAAGAUAAAAUUUGGACAUGCAAAUGUUAAGAAGUUCGGUCAUUCCCGAAAUAAGUUUAAGCACUCCAAGCCGAGUUGUAGGCGCAUCAUUUCAAUGCGAGCGUGCUUCUGGUCUUGUUUAGGACUUUGCUUAUCUUAUCUUUCUUGUUCUAUUCUGCAGCGGUUAAUGAGAGCCGUACGCGCGGAUGUAAGUGUUCUCAAUGCAGUUGCGAAUCGUCACAAUUUGAGACCGCAAAGGUAAGAUAUUAGGCAGAGAGCAGACAACCCAACGUCAAAUAAUUACAACUCGAAGGCGCGAAAAGGACUAAACACGACUUCCGGUGCACAAUUUUUCGCUAAAUCAGUAGCUAAGCAGUUUUUCAGAUCCUUCGAGUCGCAUACGCCACUUCUACAUUUCCCAUAAUGCACCUUCACUCGAACAGUCAUAACAACAAACAAGUCCGUUCUUUACUGCAACCUGCGAGCGGGCGUUUUCUUUUUCCGGUGGAGCGCUAAAGCCUUCGAGGGGCAAAGGAGAAAUCGCCAUCCAAAGAAAAAGGGAAAAAGAACCACCUGAUCGCAUGUCAACGUAAAUGUUACAAGCUACACACGACGUUUUACCAGAGAUCACAAAAUCCGAACACGAUUAACCUUAAAUCGAGUUUCGUAUUAUCAAAAUUAAAUGCCAUUUUUAUGCUCUUUUUUCAGUAAAUGUGCAGAAACAAGGGUUGAAAUACAUGCCGUAGCAUGGAAGGAAAAUCCUCCCGAGUCAGUUGUGUAGAAGGCCUUCUAGUGGAUCAGUUAUUCUCUGAUUUUAGUUGAUGAGAUUGUUUUAUAUUUUGAUGAUAUUAUAUUUGCCCCAGGGGUCAUUCUUUCUACUUCUGAUUUCAAUAGAUACUGCAUUUUUCUUUAAUCAAAGAGAUUUCAUGCAUUACAGAGAGCUGGAUUUGAGUUCUGUCAAUUUGCUUUAUGGCUUUUCAACAUUUCAAAAAACGCACGAGAAUACUCAAUGCUGUUACCUUUUGUAUAUUUAUUUUUUACAACAAGAGUGCAUUUUUUAUGCAAAAAAAUGACUACAUUUUCUGUCAGUGAGCAAUGUAUGAAUUUUCGUUGUCGAUUUAUUUUUUAACAUGAGGAAAUAAAUAGUCGUUAAAAGUCUCCCAUGGUUCUUGUCAUUACCAGUCGCUUGCUUAUUGCUCAUCGUAAGGCGCUUUUAGUUGUCCGUCUUCAACCAUCAUCAGUAUCCUCAAAUUUCAAUAGAGGAGGAAGAGACAAAGGGAGGCAAGACUGCAUAACUUUGAACCCAGACUUUCUCUUCAAACUCUUCCGACAACGUCCUUUACCAGCUCAGUUCCAGGUCUUUCUCCUCUCAGUAGCGAAGAGGCACAGUGUCCGCGUAAGUUACUAG